CAUUCACAAGCUUCUCCGGAACAAAGUCCAUGUUCCCACAUAUCUCGGUUCCACCUACAUAGCUUGCAAACCUAUAUUCUGGGUUAUUGCUCGGCGCUCAGCGUUCAACGAUCAACCACCAUGCUGAUAUGUUUGGCGCACAUGAGUUAUACUAGGUGAUAUACGGCCUUCUGCUCGCUGUGGGUUGUGUGCCUCAUUGCAAAUCGAAGGUAGCACAUAAAAGGAGAUGGUAGGCACCUUCUUCAGCUGACGCCCUCACCUCCCUCCAGUCGUAGCCCAAUUUCUACAUCAUCAUCCUCUCAUGAUGUUUGCGAAUGACGAUGUCCCUGAUCACUUCGACAAGAAUAUUGUGCAUGACGAUUUUCUUGCUCACCUCGACAAGAUGCGCAAACUGCGCGAACGACUUGCUGCACUCGGACAGUCCGUCAACAAUGACGACUUUGCAGCCAUCAUACUCAGCUCACUUCUGGAACGCACCAAUGAUUCUGAGCAGGAUAAGGACAAGGACAAGGACAAGGGCAAGGGCAAGGGCAAGGACAAUAUUUGGGUCUCAUUCUGGAAAUCUGUUUCCCUUCUCUUACUUGGAGCGCCUUCACUAGACGAGAUUGGCAAGCUCAAAGGCAAGAAGUUCACGGAGCUCAGAGACAAAUUAAUGGAACGCACGAAAAACCUAACCGUCGUUUCUGCCCUUGCUGUCUCGACCACUAUUUCAUUUCUGACCGCUCCUCCCCCAGUCGACUACGCAGCCUGGGACAAUAAAGUCCCAUACCUUUUUAUCGCGGGUGCUUGUUGGAAUACUAUAAUGUCCACUGCGUGCGGUCUUGGCUUAAUUAUGUACUUGGGCAUCAUGACCGAGGAUUCCAUUGAGCGAAUCAAGCGAAACUUCGAUCGCUAUAUCGCUGUCGCGUUGUUGGUGAUGCCAACUGUCUUCCUGUUCGUUGGCGCGGGCUGCGGUUCCAUGGCAUGGCUUGUCGCUGUCUGGUACGGUGACAUACUUUGGGUGAAGAUAGUAGUGACUGCUGUACUCUUUGUCUGCGUAGUGCUCGUUGUGCUCCUAUUUCUGGUUUUUCCCAAUCUCUGUUAGUUCUGCUACUAUAUCACAACAUGCAUCUGUACUCUUGGUACACUUAACAUCGAAACUCAUCUCUUGGAGAUCA